AUGUUGAAGCCCCAGAAGCCAGAGAACACGCAGAAGAUCAGAUCAGAGCAGUCGAUGAAAGGCAGGAUAAUCCAGAGGGUGAAGCCAAAGCUGGAGUCGAGGAGGUGCUCAGGAGUCCGGGCCAGAAUAUCAGAGAUCCAAAGAGCUACCAAAGGGAAAUCCAAGACAGAGGUAACUCUUGGAAAAAAAACACAAAACAAGGCAAAUAGAACUGUAUUGCUGGUGGGUGAAACAGAAGCAGGAAAGUCUACGUUCAUCAACUCUCUGGUCAACUACGCCAUGGGAGUGAAAUAUGAAGAUGAACUCUGGUUUCAGAUUGUAAAAGAUGAGAGGAGGGACCAGACUGAGAGUCAAACAUCAGAUGUAGUUGUCUAUGAGAUCUUUGGGUUUGAAGAUCAAACUCUUCCUUUCUCUCUUACCAUCAUUAACACGCCUGGAUUUGGAGACACCAGAGGGAUAGAAAAAGAUAUUAUUGUCAGUCAAAGAUUGUUUGACCUGUUUCGAUCUGAUGACGGGAUCAACGAGAUUCACGCUUUUGGUCUGGUGGUUAAGUCCACGGACAAUCGAGUGAAUGAUCGCCUGUCAUACGUCUUCAAUUCAGUCAUGUCUCUGUUUGGGAAGAACCUUGAGAAAAGCAUUGUGGCUCUAAUUACUCAUUCUGACGGAAGAACACCCAAGAAGGUUCUUCAAGCGCUUGAAGCAGCAAAUAUCAAAUGUGCAAAAAACGAAAAGAAUCAACCAAUUUACUUCCUUUUUGACAACUGCCAAGCUGAAGACCGAUCAGAAGACGAGGAAUUCCUUAAAGCAGCUGAUGAAAUUUCAAAAAAAGGAAUGAAAGCCUUUACAGACUACAUCAUGCAAAGAACGUAA